UUUAGGUGACAUAUGUACAAGUUAAUCACGCCCUGGUCACGUGAUAUCUAUAGUCCCGCUGACGUAAGGAGUCCGCAGUGCCGGAUGUGGACCCCGUAAGUUAUCAAGGUGGCCAUUGCACAAGUCGGGCAGCGUUUGUCAGGGGUCCGAAGGAAGGUAAGAAAGUCGAAGUGUCAGUUUUGCCAGAUGCAGUUUCCAUUUAGCAACGUUUCAAAACUUAGCUAAACAAGAACAAUAAAACAAGAGAAACAUAAUCGGCAAACUGCUCUAAAUCCGUUUCCCUUACCUCGCUCUCUUAUUACAAUACUCACCUCCUACCUCCUACCACAACCACGAUUCUCUCUCCUGGUCCCUGAUCGGGACAGAAAAACUACGGCCCAAGAUGGAUUUCAACAGUCUGAAAGACCAGGUGACCAACCUAACGCUAUACGAUCUUAAGGCUGGCGUUCGCAAGGUUCAGAAUGCUGUUAUGAACUACACCGAGAUGGAAUCCAAGGUGCGAGAAGCUACUAAUAACGAACCAUGGGGCGCCUCGUCUACUCUUAUGCAGGAAAUCGCCAAUGGCACCUUUAAUUACCAAACCCUCAACGAAAUUAUGCCCAUGAUCUACCGUCGUUUCACCGAAAAGGCCGCCGAAGAAUGGAGGCAAAUAUACAAGGCGCUUCAGCUUCUCGAAUUCUUAAUCAAGCAUGGCUCGGAACGAGUCAUCGACGAUGCGCGCGGCCACAUAACGCUAUUAAAAAUGCUACGGCAAUUUCACUACAUCGACCAGAACGGCAAGGACCAGGGCAUCAACGUCCGAAAUCGCGCAAAGGAACUUGCGGAACUCCUGGGCGACGUUGAACGGAUCCGGGCGGAGCGGAAGAAGGCCAGAACCAACAAGGCCAAGUAUACGGGAGUCGAAGGCGGUACCAUGGGAGGUUUCUCCGGUAGCAGCCGUUUUGGCGGAUUCGGUAGCGAGUCGGGCGGCUAUGGCGGUUACUCGGGCGGUGUAUACGGAGACGGUGGCGGAUUCGGAGGCCAGUCUGAUGACUGGAGAGAUACUAGCGCCAGUCGUGCAGACAAGUUCGAAGAAUAUGAUGAGUUCGACGAAGGAUCUGCGCCGUCUAGCUCGUCUCGAGCGAAGCGGCCCGAGCGUAGCGAGAGGAUGGGCGUCAAGAAGACCGUCGAACCUGCAAAGAAGAAAGAGCCCGAGGUCGACCUCUUCUCUUUUGAUGACCCUGCUCCUGCGGCGACCACCUCUACAGCUACUCCUUCGAAUGGUUCUUCUGGACUGGCUGCUCUGUCGACGGCCAACAACGAUGACGACGACUUUGAUGAUUUCCAAUCGGCAACGCCCGCACCUUCAAACAACGUUAGCAUCCCCCCGCCCAUGGUGACGUCGAACGCUCAUUCUACCGCCCAAUUCGCUGCGCCGAGGCCUUUGUCCGGCCCGCAGCAAGCUAACCUUAGCGACAUGAUGUCGUCGAUCUCACCUCCCACAAGCACCACCACGACACCCGCGGCUAACUACUCAUCUUUCAACAUCCCGGCAGUCGCGAGUAUGUCUGCCCAAGCGCCGAAGCCGACAACCAGCUAUCAAGCGGCAGCUCCUAAUUAUUAUCAGUCCGUUCAAGCCCAGCCGACGGGAUCAUCGAUCUCUGCGGUAUCGUCCGCAACUGGCGUUUCCACUUCAUCCGGCCUAUCAGCGCUUAACAAACCAGCAGCCCCGGCGACGGCUAAGCCUACCGCUGGUAGUGACCCGUUUGCGAAUCUCUGGGGCCAAGCCGGUAACGGCCUGAAGAAAGCGAGCACGCCGACUACGGGACCGAAGAUGGGUCAGCUCGCCAAGGAGAAGACCAGCGCGUCGCUCUGGGGCGCGCCCGCAGCAGGCACGCAAAAACCUGCCGGUAGUUCACAAAUAGGCGGCGGAUUAGCCAACGCAUCAACCGGAAGCAGUGGCUUAGACGACUUAUUAGGUUAGAGGACUACCCUAGCCUAUAACAAGGCCUUAGCCAGGGCCGAGUCUAUGCAUACUUACGAAAGAUGGGGGACUGUAUAUCACAUUGACGAUAUUAGCAGCGUACAACGUUGUUCGGAACUUAUAAUUGGAAGUUGAUUGACAGUGGUUUUUUUCUUGUUGUUUUUUCCUGUUAUUUAGUGGACUGCCGCAUGGAUGGUCUUAACACGUUCGCAAAAGGGCGCCUGGGAGUAAAAUGACUACGGUACAAUCUAAACAGAUCAAGUUACAGAUCGACAGUGUUUCUAUUUGAUAAGAUCUCUUGUGAAGAC